AACUGCACAAACUGCAAAUAAUUCAUCUUCACCAUAAGACUACAUAUACGACAACGCCGAUGACAACUUAAAAUGGCCAAAAAGGAGCCUGGUCUUGUUUCGCAAGCAGUCAAUUUGGUCUUCGACAUAGCAAAUCGUCGUAGCCCCUUGUCAAAGCUCAUUCCACCAUGCCUAAUCCUCCUUGAUUCCAUCCUUUGCGCGCUUGUCAUAUGGAAAAUCCCCUAUACCGAGAUCGAUUGGAAGGCAUACAUGGAGCAGGUUGCGCAAUUUGUGUCAGGCGAAUACGACUACACCAAGAUCAAGGGAGGCACAGGUCCCCUCGUCUACCCGGCUGCCCACGUCUAUACAUACACUGCGCUCUAUUAUAUCACCGACGAAGGAAAGGAUAUCUAUCUGGCCCAGAAUCUGUUCGCGGCCCUAUACUUGGCAACAUUGGCAUUGGUGAUGAUAUGCUACUGGAAGGCAAAAGUUCCACUAUACGUCUUCCCUCUCCUCGUCCUGUCGAAGCGACUCCAUAGUGUUUUCGUCUUGCGCUGUUUCAAUGACUGUUUCGCUGCCUUCUUCCUUUGGCUCGCCAUAUUUCUAUUCCAACGACGCGAUUGGACUGCCGGCAGCAUUGCGUAUGCAUGGGGGUUGGGAAUCAAGAUGUCAUUACUGCUAGUGCUACCGGCUGUGGGCAUUGUCCUACUGCUCGGACGAGGGUUUUCGGGUAGUCUAAGAUGCGCCAGGAUCAUGCUUUACAUCCACAUCGCCAUUGCCACUCCCUUCUUACAAGAAAACGCCAAGGGUUACUUGAGCAAAGCCUUUGAGCUAACUAGACAGUUCUUCUUCAAAUGGACCGUCAACUGGCGUUUUGUGGGAGAAGAAGUAUUUCUUAGCCGGCCAUUCUCCUUGGCCCUUCUCACCAUGCAUGCUUUGGUUCUAACGGGAUUUAUUGUCAACAAGUGGCUAAAGCCAGCUGGCAAGCCCCUAUCGGCCAUGAUUAUGGCGGUCUUGCAGCUAAAGUCUCCUUUCAGCCCCCAGGAAGAGCCUCAGGUAGCAUCACGCGUUACACCCGAGUAUGUGAUGACUACCAUUCUCUCCGCAAACGUUAUAGGGCUUCUCUUCGCCCGUAGUCUGCAUUACCAGUUCUACUCUUAUCUCGCAUGGUCCACUCCAUACCUCCUCUGGCGCAGCGGAGUCCAUCCCCUUAUUCAAUACGGACUCUGGGCUCUCCAGGAGUGGGCUUGGAAUGUCUUCCCAAGCACCCCUAUCAGCUCGGGCGUCGUGGUGGGCGUAUUGGCUGUAACGGUUGGCUUAAUAGCUAUCCAGCAGGAUAGCAGUGCUAGGUUUGUACCUGGCUAUACUCGCGAGCGCAAGGAUGAUUGAGACCUUGGUGAAAGAUGAAAUAUACGCAUUCAGUCCUCAUCCUCUGAAUCUGACGGCGGCAUC